UUCUCACUCUGAGCAUUGUUGAAAGACCAGUCGUCACUCUUUGUGUUCUGUCGUUUUUUUCAAACCAUUCAGGUGGAGAAAUAAUGGUCUCAACAACUCGUCCGGAGACUAUGCUGGGAGAUGUGGCCGUAGCUGUUCAUCCUGACGACCCUCGAUACCAGGACUUUCAUGGGAAGCAAUGCCGCCAUCCCUUCAAUGACAGAUUGUUGCCCAUCGUCACUGAUACAAUUGUGGCCAUGGAGCUCGGCACAGGUGCGGUUAAGGUGACGCCUGCUCAUGACCACACAGACUUCCUUUUGUCACAGAGACAUGUUCUGCCACGCCUCACUGUCAUUGGAGGAGAUGGGAAGAUGACUCCACUCUGUGGACAAUGGCUGGAGGGAGUGAAGCGUUUUGACGCCAGGCAGCUGGUAGUCAACGCUCUGGUUGAGAAAAAGCUGUUCAGAGGAAAGAAGGAGCACGCCAUGACCUUACCUAUUUGCAGCCGCUCAGGGGACGUGAUCGAGCCUCUUCUGAAGAAACAAUGGUUCGUCCGUUGUUAUGGAAUGGCUCAAAAAGCUAUACAGGCUGUUGAGGAUGGUCAUCUUCAAAUCACCCCUCACUUUUAUACUAAAACAUGGAAAAACUGGCUGUCCAACAUCAGUGACUGGUGCAUUUCCAGGCAGCUGUGGUGGGGGCAUCAGAUCCCAGCUUACAGAGUGGAGUUUCUGCACUCUGCGGACAAACAAGAGGACCAGUGGGUGUGGGGAAGUAACGAAGAUGAGGCCCGUCAGAGAGCAACUGUCAAAUAUGGAGUGAAACCACAGGACAUCAGUUUGACUCAGGACACUGAUGUUCUGGAUACCUGGUUCUCCUCGGCGCUGUUUCCUUUCGCUAUGUUGGGCUGGCCUCAACAGACUCAAGAUUUUCAGCGCUUCUACCCAAACUCCAUCCUGGAGACAGGCAGUGACCUAAUCUUCUUCUGGGUGGCGAGGAUGGUAAUGUUGGGUACGGAGCUGACAGGCCAGUUGCCUUUUAAACAGGUGCUACUUCACUCUCUGGUAAGGGAUAAACACGGUCGGAAAAUGAGUAAAUCGUUGGGAAAUGUCAUCGACCCCUUGGAUGUUAUCCACGGAGCUUCCUUGGAGAGGCUUCAGCAGAAAGUUAAAGAGGGGAACCUUGACCCGAGGGAGCAAGAGGUUGCCAUGGAAGCUCAGAGGAAAGACUUCCCGAAGGGGAUCCCUCAGUGUGGAACCGAUGCUCUGAGAUUUGCCCUUUGCUCUCACAAAAUGAUAGGAGAAGACAUUAGUCUAUCAGUGUCUUGGGUCCUGAGCUGCAGACAUUUCUGUAAUAAAAUGUGGCAGACGCUGAGAUUCACCCUCGGUGUGCUGGGCGACAACACUACUCCAGUGGGGAACCUGGAAGAGGUGUCUCAUUUGAGCAGUAUGGACCGGUGGAUCUGCUCCCGACUUUACAGCACUGUAGCACAAGUCGAGAAGGCCUUUGAAGAAUAUGAGCUGCAUGCUGUCACUGCUGCUUUGUACUCCUUCUGGAUCCACAAUCUGUGUGACGUCUACAUGGAGAGCGUGAAGCCUGUGCUACUCAAGCAAAAUGAAGGGUUGAAGCAUGAUGGCGGCAAAGUGAGACCAGCAGCAAGUGUCGUCCUCUAUCACUGCGUGUCCGCAUCUCUGGUCCUCCUCUCACCACUCAUGCCGUUCCUUACUGAGGAACUGUGGCAAAGACUCCAGCCGUUCAGAACUGAUGCUGCAGCCCAGGGGAGCCUGUGUCUCCAGCCUUACCCCCGCUCAUCCCAAAUGAAACACUGGCAUUUUCCAGAAGAGGAAAGAGAUUUCCUUCUGGUCCAGGAAGUGACUCGAGUGGCCCGCUCCCUUCGGGCUCAGUGUGGUUUAACCAAAGAAAAGCCCGCUAUGUGGGUGGUAUGUUCACCCAGUCAGGCCCAUAUUCUCCUUCAUUUUGGAUCUGCUGUUCCGACUUUGAGCCGAGUUUCCCGCUUCCAUAUCUACUGUCCCGAAGGAGCUCUACCCACCGUCUCUUCCACCCCCCCACCCAAAGGCUGCCUUGUCGGUGUUGUGGAUCACACGUGUCAGCUGCAUCUUCCUCUUCAGAGUGCCAUGAACAUUAACAAACAAGUGGCCCAGCUCACCCAACGUAGAAGCAAGCUUGUUCCCAAACUGGAUGAGAUCCUUUGCAAAAUCCAAUCUCCAGACUACUUGAUCAAGGUCCCAGCGCACGUACGGGAGCAGAUGGACAGUCAGAUGUCCGCUCUUCAGCAGGAGUUGAAGACUAUCGAGGACCAUCUUAAGUUGCUGCAAAUGACAGACCGUCCCACCGGCAGCUAUUCCAAUGAUGGUGUUGAUCAGUGUCAGACACAAAGUUCUUGAGGGGAUAUCAUUUAAAAGAACAACAAUCAUGGCAUAAUAGAAAUAAGUGUAGUUUAACCCUUUCAGGGACAGCGGUUACUACAGUGGACAUUUUACCAUGUUAUCAGAUUACAAGGUGCAUGAAAGGGUUAAGUAAUGGUCUUUUUUUUUUUUUAUGACAUUUUUACCAAUGGUGUCAUUUAUGUACUCUCAAUGUACCCUCUUCAACCAUUUGGAUUAUGUACACUAUGUGAUUGGACAGACCGAUGUUUGCAUUAUGCUUGUACGUAAAAAGACACACAAACCAACUCAAUGU